ACAUGCAGCUAAUUGUGAGUGUUCAUGUGCAAACAGAGCUCUGUACUUUGGAGUGAUGGUUCCAGCGUGUGUUUGUGUCAGGAUACCACAGCUGUUUGGAAUGGCACUAGUUUCUUUAUCGGUCUUAUGUUUGCUGCUUUUGGACUUCCAGCUGGGCUAUGGAGCCCCAGCUCCAGCCUCAGGCCCAGUGUUCCUGUCCGGUCAGGCAGCCGACAGCCUUCUGCGGAGACACAAACGCUACAACACUGGAAUGUUUGAGGAGGUGCUGGAAGGCAACUUAGAGAGGGAGUGUAUGAAGGAAGUAUGUGACCUGGAAGAGGCCAGGGAGUUCUUUGAGGAUGAUGCAAAGACAAUGGAGUUCUGGGCGGGAUAUGUAGAUGGCAAUCAGUGUAAAUCAAGCCCAUGUCUGAACCAGGGGUCAUGCAAAGACCACUUGGGCUACUACACCUGCGCAUGUCCUUCUGGCUUCACCGGCUUCAACUGUGAGAUUGUUAUAACAAAACGGUGUGAUGUGAACAAUGGAGACUGUAUGCACUUCUGUGAAUCAAUGGCAACCUUCGGAGCAAAAUGCUCCUGUGCGAGAGGAUACAGGCUGAUGCAGGACGGACUUGACUGUGAACCAGAAGCUGAAUUUCCAUGUGGUAGAACUGCCCUGACGGAGGUAGCAAUACUCACAAGGUCUCUGUUUGACCUCGGUAAUGCAAGCCUGCAGAACACCACUUCACUGACCAGCAACACCACUACUGCAUCCCCUUCCUCAACUCCAGCCAGUACCCCGGCGCCUUCUCUUGCCACAAAUGACUUUGCAGAAAACCGAUCCCCAAAGAAAUUGCCCUGGUGGGUUUACCGUGACGCUGAGGUCCCAACUAAGGAACACCUUAAACGCAUCGUAGGCGGUGAGGUGGUAGUCCCAGGAGAGAUCCCAUGGCAGGUAGCCUUGAUAGCGCGUCCCAGUGGUCAGUUAUUCUGUGGGGGCACUAUUCUUAGCGAACGGUGGGUUAUCACCGCUGCUCAUUGCCUGGUGGAGGCAGCAGGCGCCUUCUUCAUCAGAGUAGGGGAGCAUAACAUCUACAUCAACGAGGGCACCGAGCAGGAUUAUGAAGUGUUGGAGCAGCACAUGCACCCUCGCUACAACGGCAGUGUAAGCUUAUACAACCAUGACAUCGGCCUGCUGUACCUCAAAAGCCCCAUCGACUUCUCCACCACAGUCCGACCCAUCUGCAUAGGGCCCAAGGCUUUCACUGAGACCCUAGUGAGGGAGUCUUCCCCGGCCACGGUCAGCGGCUGGGGCCGAACACGCUUCCUCGGAUUCACGGCUGACAAUUUGCAGAAGGUCGAGGUUCCCUUCACAGACCGGAUGGAGUGUAAGCGGAGCAGCAGUGCCAGGAUCACUCCCGUCAUGUUUUGUGCAGGGUACUAUGAUGAGGCCAAAGAUGCCUGUCAGGGGGACAGUGGAGGUCCUCACACAAAUCGUCUUCAUGACACGUGGUUCCUCACGGGCAUUGUGAGCUGGGGGGAAGAAUGUGCAAAGCAGGGGAAAUAUGGCGUGUACACCCGGUUGUCCCUUUAUUACCGCUGGAUAAACCAUGUUAUGAGUUUAACUAAACACAGGCUGGAAUUUGAACUGGAUGUAGAAGACCCUGACCCUGACAUUUAAAGAUUAUAGAUUUAUCUAUCUCUACUCUUUAAACUUCACAGGAUAUUAGUUAGAUAUACAUAACAAAAAAAUAAAUAAUGUGUAAUUUACAUUGACUGAAUGACUAAUUAUAUACUAAAAUUACUAAUAAUACUAAUAAUUAUAAUUAUUACUAUACUAUUAAUUUCCACUAUACCAGUUAACCACAGAAGCAGUCCACAUUAUAAUAAAAUAAAAUAUAUGGGUAUGUUUACAUUGACGUUUAAAAGAUACUUUUGAUUUGGUAUGUCCUUCUAUACUGUAUUAAAUAAUAUGAAAUAAAUAACAUCAAAUUCAUGUCAAACCUAUAA